AUGCGCCAUGCCGUUGUGCAGAUGCACUCAAGCGGCUUCUCCGCAUCAUGGCAGAGGCACGAUGACCGCUUUCUCCAAGCGCAAUCAUGCUCGCUGCUCCCAUCAGAUGCUGGCCACGACCUGCCUUUCUGCUUGGGCGCAGGUCGCAGCUCCCGCUCGCGCCGAGCCGUGGCCGUAGCCUCCUUUCUGGAGACGCUGAAAGCUGAAGCCACCCACACCGAAAGCGGCCGCAGCCGCGGCCCUCCAACAGCCUUUGGGGGAUUCAGCCACCCUCAGCGACACAAGAUGCAAUGGGACAGCAAGCCUUUGGACGUGCGUGAUUCCUCGGACGAUCUCAUCAUCGACCGCGAGGAUGAGGACUAUCCCCCGGAACCGGAAGAGCUCGAUGACGAAAUCGGCCCCGUUAUUCCUCUUUAUCCGCCCAAACCUUCUGCGAUCGGUGAUCUGCGAGGGGAAUCCGACGGCCCUCGCCCCGCAAGCCAUCUACUGCCCUUGGAAAAGGAUGAUGAGGCGGCAAUACCGUCAUUCGCAGCAGCGCCACAAACAGAGGAGGCAUCCGGCUAUGUCAAAGAAACAAGGCUGGAUGUAUUGGACAAGUGGCCUCCACCUCCACGUGAGGAUGGAGAUGCUGAUCUGCCUGCUGGACCAGUGCCGAGUGUCAAGUUGUAUGCCGAACACCGGUAUGCGGAUGCUGAGAAGGCAAACGAAUCUUGGUCAGAGCUGCUUCGCCAACACGAGGAGGCGAAAGAGGCUGCGACAGCCAAGCCUACGUUCGAGGUUCACUUGAAAGAUGAUGCAGCCGAGCAAGACCAAGACUCCUCCGGAGAGCUGUACAACAGCCCCAACGCUGACAAUGUCAUCCCGCCAGAGCUCAGAACUGGGCUCGAGCGGAAGCACUUGGUCCUUUCGCAUUUCUCGGCGAGAUAUGCACGGACGUCUGAGGCAGAUCAGUCGAUUCCAGACCCAGCUCAGAAGUUGGGCGACGAGGCACGAGAGAUUCUCGGAGAUGAUGUCAAAGUCACUGUCGCGCAGGAUUUCAUGGUUCUGCGAGGUGAUCACUUUGAUCCAGAGCAGGAACUUGCCGUGAAGAAAUAUCCAUGGCACCGAGAGACAUCGGUUUGGCCCACAAAGUCUGGGUAUACUUUUCCUGCAAGUUCCCGCCAACUGGCGAUGGGGCGUCUUCUCCCAGGUCGCCCACGGGCGGAAAGGCGGGCCCUCACAAGCCUCGCGCUUGCUUCUGUGUUGAUUGGCAUCUCCUGGACUUGGUCUGCCACGUGCUUCGGAGGCAAAAAGAAGAGCAAGGACGUACCUGCCGAUGAAAAGGCAAGAAUCAUCAGCAUCCUCGGUCGCGAGGUUGUUGACAGCCGAGGGAACCCGACCGUAGAAGCAGAGCUGACCACAGGAUAUGGAACUGUUCGUGCUGUGGUGCCCAGCGGGGCUUCAACAGGAAUCUACGAGGCGCUGGAACUGCGAGACGGCGGCAGCCGAUACGAAGGACAAGGCGUUUCCAAAGCUGUGAACAACAUCAACCGUGUGAUCGCGCCGAAGCUCAAAGGAAAGGAUGUCCGCUUUCAGAAGGAUCUCGAUGAGCUGAUGAUAUUCAAGCUGGAUGGGACCGAGAACCAGUGGGGUCAUCCAAAGGCAAAACUGGGGGCCAACGCGAUCCUGGCUGUCUCAAUGGCAAUCUGCCGAGCAGGAGCAGAGGCUUUCGGCCUGGAACUUUUCGAAUACAUUGGUGAGCUGAAGGAGACCAACUUUGAGGUGGAACAUGUGGAUGUUCAGCGUGCUCGUCACAAGAAGUACAAGAUGCCUGUUCCGAUGAUGAAUGUGAUCAACGGUGGCCGGCAUGCCGGAAACAAGCUGCCAAUGCAGGAGUUUAUGAUUUCUCCAACGGGGGCCAAGACCUUCAAGGAGGCACUGCAGAUUGGCUCUGAGGUCUAUCACUCACUCAAGAAUGUGGUGGUGGCCAAAUACGGCAAAUCAGCAGCGGCAGUCGGCGACGAAGGUGGGUUUGCCCCGAACAUCCAGGAGAACGACGAGGGAUUGCAGGCAUUAGUGGAUGCGAUCAAGGAAGCUGGCCACACUGGCAAGGUGAAGCUCGCCAUGGACAUUGCUGCAUCGGAGUUCUACAGUCAUGAGGACAAGACCUACAACCUUGGCUUCAAGGUUGACAAUCCAGCUCCGUCCUUGGUCAAGAACAAAGAUCAACUCAUGGAAUUCUACAAGGACAUCAUCUCCAGAUAUCCGAUCGUGUCGAUAGAGGAUCCCUUUGACCAGGAUGACUGGGAGGCUUACGGCCAGAUGGUGCAGGAAGUCGGCAAGGAUGUCCAGAUAGUUGGCGACGACCUGCUUGUCACGAAUCCGAAAAGGAUUGAGUAUGCCAAGGAGCACAAGGCUGCCAACGCUCUGCUUCUCAAGGUCAAUCAGAUUGGAAGCAUCAGUGAGGCUGUGACAGCCUAUCUUGACAGCCACGCAGAUGGCUGGGGGGUCAUGGUUUCUCACCGCAGUGGUGAGACAGAAGACACAUUCAUUGCAGACCUGGCAGUGGGCCUGAGCACUGGGCAGAUCAAGACCGGCGCCCCCUGCCGCUCCGAAAGAGUCGCAAAGUAUAACCAGCUACUUCGAAUUGAAGAGUAUUUGGGUCGCAGGGCCUACUAUGCUGGUGACGGCUUCCGGGACUCCUGA